AUGUUCACCGUUACACCGGGUCCACUCAGUCUUGCGAGGAGCGAGACGUGGAAACCAUCUGUUUUUCGGCCACCCACACGCAUUUUGAAGGCUGCGCCACUGACCAACAGGGGGGUGACGCUUCUGCCACGGCCUUGUAACUCGGGAAGCAACGUGGCAGAGGAACAAACACCAAAGGAGCCCCGCUUGUUGCCACCGCCAGCACUUGGACAGUCGCCGUGUUUGAAACCCACACCCAGCUGUGCCAAUUUGCCGCCGGUGGGCAGCAGCAGCAGCAGUUUUCUUUCUCUAAGUGCAGACGUUAACACAUGCUCCCAGAAGUUUACAGAGGCCGCCACUGAGAAGAGGGUGUACCCACCGGAAAUGUUCUUGUCGGCUCGACGAGAUGCGGCACACACACCGUACGGCGUGCUUCGCUGGGUGGUGCGACAUUAUCUGCAUAUUCCAUCCCUAAAAGUUCCAACGCACCUUCAGCUUUCUCUUAAUGAGACGGAUGAGGCCGAUGACGGUCUUACACGUGGGGCGCUCGGCUGCAGUCUGCGGGGCGGUAGAACACGUGCAAAACCUGUUCGACUCACGCAUCACAAAGUGAUGUCGAUUCUAAGUCGCAUCACACCGGCCAAAUACGAUGUACUUUUGGAUGAAAUGAUGUUGCUUCCGUUACGUCAGUUGGAAGACACGGAGUUGUUGGAGAUUUGCAAGGUUGUCUUUGAAAAGGCAGUACAGGAGCCUGCGUACAGCGGCCUGUACGCACGUCUUGCACAAGAUGUCUGCUCCAUGAAGGAUGGUGGGCGCGAGACGGAGCCGCGUGACCAAAGUUUUUCUCGACGUUUCCGUCGCAUGUUAAUUGCGUCAUGCGAAGCGCAGUUUCAGCGUCCCUUGCAGCUUUCCGCGGAUGAGUUGGUUGACCGCGUGACAGGGGUGCCGUUGGGCGAGGAAGAGGUGGAAGGAAGGCGCACUCGAUUAAAGGAUCGCCUUGUUGGAAACAUUCGGUUUGUUGCGGAGCUCUUUAAAAUUGGGUUUGUGACGGAGCGGGUGAUUGAGGACGUGAUCCGCAUACUUGUGCGGGACUACAACCCGGACGAGCCCACCGCAAAGGAGGAGGCGAUAUUUGAGGUCUUUCAGACGCUCCUGCGCCACACGGGGGCGGUGCUUAAGGAGCACAUGCCGCAACUCCUCGCCCAGUCGUUGGGCAUAGCGAAGACGAUUGAAUUGUCGCACCCAAAACCGCGCGUGGUGUUUCUCAUGAUGGACUUGAGUGAUUUAAAUCGGGCGAACGGGUGGGUGUCGCCGGAGUUGGUAGAGCAGCAUGUGCAGCGUCCAACAAAAACGGGCCGGGCCAAGAAAAAUAACGUCACGGCAGGGGAGAAAAGCGCCACCAUUGUCCCGCCAAUGUCUCUAGCCUCUCUUGUGUCAACAGUGGAGAAGAAAACGGCGAGGAAUUCUCUGGACGCUGGUAGGACGGCCGCGUCGACGCCUCCUCUCAAUGGGGAACAAGAGGUCAAUGGGGCCAACAAUCCAGUGAGUGUGAAUCACGUGAAUGUUCAUGGCAAGGAGAUUGUCAAAGAGGAUGGAAGUAUCAACAACUCAAUUAUUAUUACCUGCAAUAAUAAUAAUGGUAACACAAGUAAUAAUAAAAAUACAAGUGGCAAUUUGAAGUCUUCUCUUCGAUCGACGGAACGGUGCUCUCGUGGGCAGCAUCAACCUUACGGCCAGCUUGUCCUCACGCAUGUUGUCAGUGGCAGCACGGAAAAUUAUUUCAACAGCAGUAUGGAUUCCUUGCAGCUCAACAGUCCCUUAACUCCUUUUGGUACAGGCUCGGAAAAAAUGGCUUCGUGCCAGCCGGAUGUGCGGCCACAUCAAAUCAACAUGAGUCAACCACAAACUACGAGUGAGGGAAUAAGAUCUCCACAUACAUUUGUCGGCAGCACACCCCUUACGGACACGACGGUCAACAUGAAGGAUGUCACUGAACAAUUGAUGAGCCUUUUUCGUAACGGUGAAGAAGCGACAGCCGUCUCCAUGUUGCGGGGCAUGGAACUGAAAAACAUGGUGGUAUGCCUUACAUGGUGGUUGCGUCUUGCAACCACAAAAACGUCUUCAUUUGACGAUCGAAACAAAGUGGCAUCUCUUCUUUCUUCGUUAUUGAGUAAUUGCGGCGGUACUUAUGAUGCCAAAACUUUAUUUUUAACCAUAUUGGAGUGGAUUCGCUUUGAUGUGGAAAAGGGUGAAUACGACAAUUGUCCACGCAUGUUUGACAACAUGGCUCAAAUGAUUCUUCAGUGCCACCUCCCUUGCAAUGAUGCUUUACCGCAUGUGGAUAAGGUGCGUAACAUGGUGCAAUGUGGCCUUUUUAAUGUACUUUUGCGGGAGCUAACAAUCAGCGGAGGGACAGACCAGAUGGUGACAGUGGUAAAGAGCUGUUACCUCGUUAGCCUGCAGGUGCUAAAGAACCUGCACGAUCCCGAUGAUGAACGACAGAUUUUACGAAUUGCGGCGCAGAAUCGCUUUCGGCUCCUUCCGUACUUGUUGAGCGUGAGCUCUGUAACGAGCAAUGCCAUGCCCGGGACGCCGUCCAUGCGUCCACGUGUGCCUUCUUCGCCUUCCUUAUCGCUGCGCAGCAGCCCGCUCGGGGAAUCCUUCACAAACACCGGACACUACGACCCACUGGCGCAAUGUCUUGUUUUUCCACGUGUCACAGAAGACCCUGAAUUUGUGCUUUUCCGCAAGAUGCGUGACGCGGCAGCGGAGGUUGGUGUCUUCCCACCAACAACAGCCCCGCGAUGGCGGGACGAGGCGGUUCAGCUGGCAUUGAGUCCUUUGGGGAACAACUCCACUGUGUGUGAGUUAAUUGCGGUGAUGCGUGUGGUUGGCGCCCUGCUGGCAUGUUCCUGCGUCACCGAGAACAAUGGCCGCAUGUUGGCGUCAAGCGCCGACGUGGAUUAUGUUGUGAGUGAGAUACUCAGCAAGCGACCCGGUAUUCUUUACCAGGGGGCCGUGGCUAUGGAGCUUAUCAUGUACCAUACACAGACACUUAACGACACGGCAGAGUCAUCCAAGACGGAUUCAAUGCGGCUACGCCCACUCAAGCGUAUAUUUGACCAAUGGUGCGCACAAGACAUAAUGCGUCGUGCCGCCGUGCUUGAACUGCUUGACGCCUUUGAGUGUGCGGGUGAUCCUUUCAGUGUGUACACGGCAUAUCACGAUAAUAUAGCGGAUGUGCCAUGGCAUCUCAUGCUGCGUGAACUACGCGGGUAUUGA